AUGAAUUCAACAUCUUAUAUGUUUAAACCCAUUCCCUCAAUGAGUCAAAUGCAACAACAACACGAUCUAAAUAACCUCGCCAUCAUGGACGAUGACCAAGAAUAUUUAUCAGACAAUGAAGAUCUUUCUCCAAAUAAUAAUGAUAAGAAAAAAGAUAAAGCAAGAGGUACUAUACAAAAUGGAAUUCGUCGUUCACCAAAUAAAUGGUCCAAAGAAGAAAAUAAGAGAUUGUUUGAAUUGGUACAAUUAUAUGGAGAAAAGAAGUGGAAGCGUAUCUCGGCCGAAAUGGGCAGCCAAAAGACUGGAGCGCAAUGCGCUCAGCACUGGAAGCGUGUACUCAGUCCAGACAUUCGCAAGGGUCCAUGGGACGAAGAUGAGGAAGAGUUGUUGUUGCGUCUGGUACAUCAACACGGCUCGAGCUGGAAGAAAAUAGCCAAGCGUAUCUGUAAGCGUACAGAUAUCCAAUGUCGUUACCAAUACCUCAAGGCUUUGCAGUCCCGUGAAGUACCAUGGGUCAUCAAAGAAGACGAAGCACUCAUGAAAAAGGUACAAGAGAUGGACAUGCAAUUAUCAUGGUUGGAAGUAUCAGACUACCUCGCCAAGCUCAAACAUACAAACACCCUCCGUACAGCUCUCGAAUGCAAAACUCGUUACCAAGAAUUAACUGAAUGUAUGCCAAUGGCAACUCAAAAUCCAAUUUUCCAACAACAACAACAACAUCAAAUGCAACAACAACAACAACAUAUGCAACAAUAUCAACAACAACAUAUUCAAAAUCAGCAAAAUAAUCAAUUUUCUCAACAAAUGAUUCCAACACGCGCAUUACUUACUAGUUCAACAUCAACUUCAUUUUCCCUUCCAUCAUCUCCAAGUACAUCACUCUCUAUGGAUGUCAAUCUUGACUCACCCAAAAAUAACUCCUCGCCAUUACUAUCACACCACCAUCGCUCAUUUGAUGAAACCAAAACCCAAAGAAUCACCAUCUCUAACCUCACCAGUCCAUCGUCGUCGCCCACUCCAUCUCCCCCAUCGUCGCCAUCAUUCAACAUUGGAAUCAACAAUAGCAACAGCCUCAGAUACAAACAUAGCAAUAGUUCCGACUCGAUCCCAUCGAUAAAGUCAAUGUCCAACUGGAACAACAAUAGCAAGUUGUUUGGCCAGUCAAAAUCUGACCAACACGUUGACAAGAAGGUCAAAAACGGAGACAUCUUUUUCACACCAAUUUCCUUUGCUGACAAUAACAAAUUGAAUCCAAUCCUUUCAGACCAAAGCAGUGACGACGACGACUCUAUCUGGCAACCAAAACAUAAAAAUACAAACAACAAUCACAACCAUAAUAAUAAUAACUACACUUUGAAUGGAUUCCUUCCAAAAUCAUUUUCAACCAACAGUAUUUUAAAUUUCAAUAAUUUCAGCAACAACAAUAGUAACAAUAGUAGCAGAAACUCAACUCCAACCAACACCUCAUCACCCUACUCUUCACCUAUGGCAUCACCUGCAACAUUUGAAAAGCUCAAAAGCACUUCAUUUGACUUUUUUAAUUUGGAAUCUCUUGCUGCUUUGGCUUCAACUCAACCAAGAACUGAGCAACAACCAAGACCAAUUAAAUAA